GCAUAUUUAGAAAAUAUUUAUUUUUCAAUUAUCAGCUGUUUUAUGUUUUUAUACUUGAAAAAUUAUAAACAAUAAUAAUUAUUAAAUUUUUUUCAUCAACUUCAAAGUUUAAUUUUACAGUAAAAAAAAAUUUCCCACGCAACUGUUAAUUCUGGUAACAAAAAAAAAAAAAAAUUAAAAUAAAAAAAAAAAAAACUGGUUUUCCCCUGCUGCCAUUAUUUUCAACUGCAUUACACACAGAAAGUUGGAGCAAAGUCAAGCAAAGUGCUGCUCUUUUUGGUGACUGGUGUCUGUGUAUUUCCUUUGUUUAUUCACUUUUUAAUACUGUUAUUCAGAGUGUCAGUAAAUACAUAUAUUGUUUAAACAAAUCAACAAAUUAAAAUUAAUUAACAAAUUUAACCAAAAAACAUCGAAUUUGUUGCAGUUUAUUGUGUUUAAUAACCGAGAAAAUUUUUUGCAUUUUUUUUUUUUUGUGUGUACUAUUAUUGUUAUUUUGUUAUCAAACAUUUAUCUAUUUAUGAGAAUAUUAUAAACAAUUAAAAUAAUCAUUAGUUUGUGAAAAUAAUUAUAUAUGGUUUAUAUAAAAAUUAAAUUUUAUUUCCGUAAUUGCGCAAAGAUUGAGAGAGAAAAAAACACGACGUCUGUAUUUUGCCUGACGACAAAUAAAGGAACGACAGAUUGAAAAAUAAUAAUAAUAUAAAAUAAUAUAGUCAGAGAGAAGAGAUACAAAAAAAGUUGACAUUUUUAUUUAUUUAUUUCUUAAUUUUUUAGUCUUUGUUGUUGUUCAACGUGAAUCAGUACAAUUGUGAGCGAAAAAGAGAAAAAAAUUUAUCAUUAGUUUUGUGUAAUUAACCCUGUGGUUUUUAAACUUGUGUGUGAAUUUUAAAUAUUUAUUAUAAAAUUAUUAUUUUAUCUUGAUAAUUAUAUCAAAAACAAACAAACUUUUAUAUUUAAUUUUGCAGACAUUUUUUUAUGUUUAUUAUUUGAUAUUUUGAAAUUUUUUUUUUUUUUUUUUUUAAUAAAUUGACAAAGGAAAUUUUAAUUUGAUAAAAAAUAUUAACAACAUGGCACAGCCAACUAGUAGCGCAAUAAGAGCACUUGCCCUGGAGUAUAAAAGUCUUCAGGAAGAACCUGUCGAAGGAUUUCGUGUUAAACUCGUCAACGAGGACAACAUGUUUGAAUGGGAAGUUGCAAUAUUUGGACCUCCUGAUACACUUUAUCAGGGUGGUUAUUUCAAGGCACAUAUGAAGUUUCCGCUAGACUAUCCAUAUAGUCCACCGAGUAUUCGUUUUAUGACAAAAGUCUGGCAUCCAAAUGUUUAUGAAAAUGGAGAUUUGUGCAUUUCAAUAUUGCAUCCACCAGUUGAUGAUCCACAAAGUGGUGAAUUGCCAUGUGAAAGGUGGAAUCCAACUCAAAAUGUCAGGACUAUUUUGCUCUCAGUAAUAUCAUUAUUGAACGAACCCAAUACAUACAGCCCAGCAAAUGUUGAUGCUUCUGUUAUGUACAGACGUUGGCGUGACUCAAAAGGCAGAGAUAAAGAGUAUGAAAAUAUCAUAAGAAAACAAGCACAAGCAGCAAAAAUUGAAGCUGAAAAAGAAGGAAUUGUUGUGCCAUUAACACUUGAAGAUUAUUGCAUAAAAACACGUGCAAAACCAGUAGAACAACCGCUUGAUAUGACAGAUUUUUAUGAUGAUGAAUAUGAACUUGAUGAUGAUGAUGACGAUGAUGAAGAUAAUGAACAACAAAGUGACUAUGAAGAUGGUGAUGAUAGUGGUAAUGGCGAAUCGUGAUCAUUAUCAUAAUAAUUUAAUAACGAAAAAAAAUAUAAAUAUAAAUGAAAAAAAAAAACGAAAAAAAACAAACAAAAAAAUUAAUAAAAAUAAAAUAAUAUUUGACAGAUAAUAUUAUUAAAUAAUAAAUGCCAUUUAUUCAAUUCUGUAUAGAUUGAUGAAUUAACGAGCUUCUGAACCGGGCACUCGUUGUAUAAAAAAUUCGAGUUUUUAACUUAAAUUAAUACAAAAAAAAAUAAUCAUAUAUUUUGGCAAGCUAUAGUAAAUUGAAAUUUAAAUAAAUUAAACUUGUUAUUAUGACAAAAAUUAAUCUUCACUGUGUUGUUAUUAAAUAGCAAAAUUAAUAACAAAUAAAAAAUGUAGAAUUUUAGGAUGUCUUGACUCUUAUGCACUUGAAAAAUUAAAUUAUAAUAACUUGGUAUAAAUGCUUGUAGUAAAAAAAUUUUUUUAUUAUAUUAAUUUUGAUAAUAGAUAGAUGAUAAAUAUCUAAUAAAAUUGUCCAGUUUAGAAGCUCUUAAAAUUAACCAAGUAAUACAGUUUAUGAAUAUGGUAGAAAAAAAAAAAUACCCUUUUUAUUUGUAUUUUAGAAAAUGAUAUUUUUAAAAUUGAAAUAACUUGGUCAUUAAAAAUCGUACUUGAAGAAUUUUUUUUUUUUCUUUUUUUUUUGUAUUUUAAUCUCAAAAUUAAAAGAAGAUUUUUUAAAUUAAAUAUUACUGUUUUAUUUUUUUUUUGAAUCGUAAUUUGAAAAAUAGAAAAAAAAAAUUAUAUAAAUAUAAUUAUUCUAAAAUAAAAAAAAUUGAUAGCUUUAAAUAAUAUUGAUUAAAUUUUUUUUUUUUUUGUUAUCAUUAUGAUUAUUUUUAAUGGAUAAAUAUAGCCAAAUUACUGAUGACUCGUUAGCUUGAACAAUAAAAAAAAUUGCACUAGAAAUAAUUAAUUAGUAGAGAUCUUUUUCGCGACAUAAAACUUUUUUCUUUUUUCCAUUUUUUAACUUCUAAUUUUCAUACUUUUAUUUAAGAAUCGAUUCAUCUUUAUUAUUUUUCGUUUUUGUAUGGUUAACUAUUUUUAUUAAUAAUUAAUAAUACGUAAAUUAAUAAUAUUAAAUCCGGAUAAUAAAUUAAAGUCGUACGAAAAACGUGUAUGAUUUUUUUUUUCGAAUAAUAUAAAAAUAGAUAAUUUUUUGACGUCCAAUUAAAAAAAAAAAACGAUAACGUACUAUAAAAAUAAUAAAUCAGACGCAUCUAGUGUAUUUUAUGGUUUUUACAAGCCAUAGUUUUGUAAA